AUGGGUUACUUGAUGACGCUGAUGGAUCUUUCGGUCUUGGAUUUCACUUAUAAGACUUUCCAACCAACCGAAUCUUUUAUUCAUUCACCAAACAUCUCAAUCAUGUGUCCUCCAAAUUCUUUGCUUGCUCCUCCUUUGUCUGCUAGUAUUGCUCCCCCUAGUACUGGUCCAACUCUUCGUCCGAGAACCCCUACCCGACCUAAACCUGGUUUCAUUGCUCUAUCACCUGAUCUACGAGUUUCUUCUCUUCGCGUGUCUCCUGGACUUGAACCGACCGAGUCUGACCACACAGAAGAUAAUUACAUAGCUUCUAGUGGUCAAUCUGACACCAGCGAUGGUAUUGGUAGUCAAGAAGUGAUUGAGAUUCAUUCUGACGAUGGCAGCUUACCGGAUGCUACCUUACCGGAUCCUUCCAACAAAAAGAAGAACACUCGUAAGGCCAAGGUUCAUGUGGUUAAAAGUUGA